GGGACGCAUUUCAAAAUGGCGUCUGGAAACCCAUUACUGACUUUAGAACGGAUGCUAAAUGGAAGGACUACGUUAAAAACUCAAAAACUAACCCACAACAAUAUCAUAUGUGAGUGAAGAUCAUAUUUUCUUUCUAUUUUGCUUUCUAAAUUGCCAUAUUUUGACGAAGAGAGUUAAACAGAACCUUUUGAAGAUGAUCUAUGAAUUGAAUUCUAGAACAACAGAACGACUCAUCAAUCCACUUGCACUGUAUGUGAUCUGUGACAGUGGCGUAGCUGCCUUUAAGCCAUCAUGCCCGGGCUUAACAGGAAUUUGAGCAAAAAUAGGUGCAGGUUAUCAUGCGUUCUCGAUCGAACUAAAAUAUUGACGAGGGCAAUUCUAGAAGCAAGAGUCUUGCAACACCUUUUGCUCUUUGCACAGAGCAAUUUACUUUUUUUCAUUCUGAAUUUCUACCUAACGUUGUUCUGUUGUGUCGCUGUUUUGCUAUCUAUGAGCAGUUCCCAGACCCCCUUGCUUAGAUUAAAAGUUUCAUGAAAAAUUGACAGAGGCGCUUGUGAAGCCACAGCUUGCGAAGCCAAAGAUCGUCAUUAAGUACCACAAAGAGGGUAAAAAAGUUCAUGCGAUCCUCGAUGUCAACAGAUCGACUACCGUGUGGCACGAAAUUUUUGCGGGUUCUAAAUUUUGCGAUUUUUGCAGUUUUUCCAGUGAUCCACAAAAAGAAGUUCCCGCAAAUAAAAAUUACCGCAAACAUUUUUCAUGCAAAACUUUAUUCCAGAGUUAAUAUUCUUUAACUUAAAUUUGCGACACAAAAAUACAGUGCUAAGAAAUCAUGCCUGUUUGAUCACAACUUGUCUCUUUCAUUCAGAAAUGACGACAUACUGGUAUAUUAUUUGAAAAUAUGUAUUUCUAUUUCAAGUACUCAAUAAAAAUGGAAAUAUUAUCAAUACUUGGUACUGGUACUUUCUGAAAAUCGCAAAAAUUGAUUCCCAGCAAGAAAAACCAGUCUGUCCUAAUCGCAAAAAUCACAAAAAGUCGCCAAUCCGCAAAAUUAAUAUCCCGCAAAAAUUUUAUGCCACACAGUAUCAUCUUUAACCCUCUUGCAUGCCUAUAAAGAGAUGCCCAUUGACUCGUGGGAAAGAGUCGUCAGUGAUUUUCCUACAAAAAAAAGGCCAAGAAGACUUGCGUUUUAUUGACGGGUGGUAAAUAAUAAAUACUGAUCAAACUUUCCUUGUACUCAUUAUGGCAUUCUUUUUCGGACAUGUCGGAAAAGCAGACUCAUUCAGACUGUUUUUCCCUUUUGUGCUAAUGUUCUAAAAAUGUGCACUUUUACAGGGUCAACAACAGAUUUUGCAAGUUUCUAUUUACGUAAGACGUUGGCAAAAAAAAGGUUUUGAAUAAAGAGAAACCUAUUUAUAGAAGCCUUUUAAUCAGUGCACCUAAUAUUUUUGUUCUUUAGAUGACUGUCUGGAUUGCAUUUUUUUUCUUAAUAUUAUCAAAAUUCUUCAUUAUAUUGCGCAUGCUGUGCUGUUAGUUUGUUAAUUAGUUUGUGCCUUAUAAACAUGUCAAACAAAAUAAUAAUCAUCGUCAUUAACAUCAUCAUCAUCAUCAUCAUCAUCACUGCUAUUAUUAUUAUUAUCAUCAUUGACCUCCUGGGUUUAAACUGAAAAAAUGCCUGGUCAUGCCCGUGUGUGAAAUAUCUGUAAAUCAUGGAUUCAUAUUGUAUAAACUUCUAGGCAUUGGAACAGGGCUUCUUAAUGAAAUUCAGGAAGUUAUGAGGGAAGAUAAAGAGAAAGCAGUCAGGGAGGCUGUAAGUAAAAAAAUUGAAGUAAUACAUGAGUUAUCUAAUUUGCCAGGUUUAGUCUGAAAUUAUUUAGUCAGCUGUUUUUUUGCCUAAACCUCCCUCAAUGGACAAGAAGCCAGUUAACACACAACAAUAUAUCAUUAAAAAAUACAAUUAUCAUGAUCAUGAUCAUCAAAUCAUGCAUGUUUUCCAGGUAGCAAGUGUUGGUAUUUGCCAUGACAUUUUGGUUAAUUUUUGGGGGUAUAAAAAGUACAAUCAGUCAAGUUGGUCAGUCAAUUUAUCAGCAAGAAGAAAAAGUUAUGAGAAUUUUCAAAAUGAUCACUAAAGGGAAAAUGCUUUGCUUCUUUUAUCAAAUUCUCCGAACUAAUUCCUCUAGAAAGUGUAUGGGGAUCAGUCAGGAGAAUUUUUGUUAGGAUUUUGGGGCUGCAAGGCUCAUAUUCAACCUAGAUGCACUGGUACCAAGGAAAAGUUUCAAUUAUACAUGAAUAUCUUGCUAUGUUGAGAACCGACUAAUCAGAUAAAAUGUCUAACAAUGCAGUCUUUCAAAGCAUCAUAAAGCCUACUACAUGAAAGUCAACCUUUAGACAAUAGGCUGGAUUUGAAAAGUUGGUUACAUUGUAACUUUAUCUUCUCUUAAGCUAUAUACACAUACUCAGUUGGGGUUGGUGGCAAAAGAGACCAAUUUUAUUAUUUAUUAUUGUCGAAUACAGGUUGCUGCAGCUGAAGCAACAGCAGAGGCAGAGUUGAGGCAGUCUCUGAAAGAGUUGAGAGAAAAAAUGGACGACGAGAGGGAACAAGCUCUGGAAGAAGCAAGACUGGUAAACAAAUUUUCUCAGCUCAUUGCUUUUCCUAGAAUUUAAACUUGGUGCAAACAGUUUUAUUUCAUCCAAAGGCAAAAGAACAUACUAGCCAAGAGAGGCCACCAGCUCUUGAAAGAGCACAACUGAGUAUCCUUCAUUGUUGCAAAAAAUAUUGUUUUGUAUUGCAUCAUUUCUUUCCCGCACAAUGCGAAAGGUUACCCACAAUAAUUAUUUUCAUUGUCUCUGAAACCAGAUCAUCAGUUAUCAUCAUUCACCAUUUCAUUUCCAGAGAAAUUUAAGGAGACAUACUGGUAUUAUCUAAUAAAAACCUUUGAGUCUCUGAACAAGAUUCUGUAAUGAGAAAAACCUCUUUACCCACUUAAGCUAAAACCUCAUUAGCACUACUUUUACAUGGUUCAAUGUUUUGUAUUUAGUAUAUACAGUGGAACCUGGUUAAUACGGACACCAAGGGCACAUGCCAUAGUGACUGUAUCAUCCAGGUGUAGGUAUAUAUAUGGGGCUCUCAGAAAAAACUUCACAAACACAGGGCUGUCGCUAAAAUUUCAGGUUGGCGGGUGAAUACNGUAUUGCAUCAUUUCUUUCCCGCACAAUGCGAAAGGUUACCCACAAUAAUUAUUUUCAUUGUCUCUGAAACCAGAUCAUCAGUUAUCAUCAUUCACCAUUUCAUUUCCAGAGAAAUUUAAGGAGACAUACUGGUAUUAUCUAAUAAAAACCUUUGAGUCUCUGAACAAGAUUCUGUAAUGAGAAAAACCUCUUUACCCACUUAAGCUAAAACCUCAUUAGCACUACUUUUACAUGGUUCAAUGUUUUGUAUUUAGUAUAUACAGUGGAACCUGGUUAAUACGGACACCAAGGGCACAUGCCAUAGUGACUGUAUCAUCCAGGUGUAGGUAUAUAUAUGGGGCUCUCAGAAAAAACUUCACAAACACAGGGCUGUCGCUAAAAUUUCAGGUUGGCGGGUGAAUACAAUUAGUAGGAAAGGAAUUGUACAGCAAGGAAGUUCUUCUACUUUCCUUUUGUUUUCUUUGAAAGUAGCUGGGGUUCCAUCCUUGGAGACCCAGGGGCAGAUAGUAGGGGCGAGGGAAAGUCUAAAUGGGCAGAAAAAUAUAGCACGAAGAAAAGUAAAGAACGGCGAGAAGAGCCCCAGGGGACAAUGUCUUACCAGACCAGUUCCAAACGGUCGCCGCCGUUCUGGCUUCUGAUUGGGCAGAAAAACACAAAAGGUUUCUGGCACUAAUCAGAAGCCAGAAUGGCGGUGACCGUUCGGAACUGGUCUGGUAAGACAUUGUCCCCAGGGGCUCUUCUCACCAUUCUUUACUUUUCUUCGUGCCAUAUUUUUCCGCCCAUUUAGACUUUCCCUCGCCCCUACUAUCUGCCCCUGGGUCUCUGAGGAUGCUGGGGCUCAUGCUCAUAGUAGCCAGGGAAAAUCCCCGGCCCCCAGCGCGGACACAUGUUUUAAUAAUCUUAAGACUAAAGGAGAUAUUUUUACGAGGAACUUAAGCAAGUUCAUCCUAAAGAAACUUCAUAAGCGUCUAUCAUAGUCUCAAACUCACCUUUCAAGCGGGGAAAUACAACAUUUGAUUACUUUGUACUGAUACGUUUAGUUUGCGACUUAGCUAGGUGUUCUGAGCGUUGGACAAAACUUUUAAAACCUAGGAUAAUUGGCUGUUUCUUCCCAUGUCAUUAAAGUGAACGUGAGAGUAUGUGACUCGGGACAUAGAAAAGUGUCCGUUGUUGUAUUAACCAGUGUGUGUAUAAAGCAGGUUAGUUUUAGGGAAAAUGUAUGAGCUUUUUGUUGGGACAAACAAAACUAUCUGUUUUAUAUGGGUGCUAGUAUUAAGUGGGUGUCUUUAAAAAGGGUUCCACUGUAGUUGUAAGGUUUGAUUCUGUGCAUUGAGUGCUACGGUUGGAUGUACAUGUACUACUGUAAAGUAUGAGGUGAAGACAACUAAAGUGCUUCACACAACUACUUUGUUAGUCUAUCUUUUCAAUGCUUCUUACAAUGAUAUAUAUAUUGAUAGUGGUUAAAUCAUAUGAUUAUGGUUAAGGUAGCCUGUCCUGAGUGAAUGAUUGUCACUCAUCUAAUGGGUAAGAGAUUUCUACUGAAACAGUAAGUCUAGUAACAAACAAAACAGUUUGACCAUUCAAACGACAUCUCUUUGGGAAUCAUUUUUUCACAUGGUGCUGCAUGUAUUUGUUAGUCUUUUUUUUUUCUUUUUUUUUUUAAUGAUAUUGAAAACAUUGUUCUCAAAACACUUCGACUUUGGCCUGAGAGGUACUCCAAUAUAUGGGCUAGAUUACUGAUAGGUAUUUGCCGCCCAAUGGGGUAUGGGUUUUGAGGGUCUCCAUCCUUAAAUAGGCUAUUAUUGUUGCCCUUUUUGGGGGUUGUUUUUUCGGUGUGAUCCUAAGAUAGGGUACCGUUGUUAUAUCAGCUAAAAUUUAAGUGCAUAAAUGCCCAGUAGCAGGGGAAACAAAUCAUUUGUUAAUACUGAACUUUACCUUAGAGGGUCAGGAAAGCGAUGUUAGGAGGAUUUGUGUUUCCAUUAAAUUUUAGUUUUUCCUUUUCCCUUGAAUUGGGUCUUAUUUUUUAGGUUUGGGCCUUAAAUGGGGUAUCAGGUUUCGUUUGUCUCAUCUUUAAAUAGCGUAAAGGUUUAAGACCCUGGUCCUGGUUGGCACACACCCAUCCGAAAUUUAUUGGAGUCCUCCCUGGGAAUUGGACAACGUUUGGGAGUUUAAGGGUCUAAGUGUUUUUUAUUAUAAUUAUUUCUCAAGCGAGCUGAAGAGCAAAUGGCAGAAAUCCAGUAUAGGUGCGAAGUUGCAGAGAAGAAACGUGCUCGCUCAGCCUUUGAGCGAUUCCAAGAGGAAAAGCGUACAGCCCUGGAAAAAGCAGCUUACGAAGCAGAAAAGAGAAAGCAGGAAGAGAUGAGAGCGCUUACAGAAAACCUCACCAAAAAGCUCAGAAAUGAAGCAGCUUUACAAAGAGAAAUCGCCCUUGGUGAAGCUAACCGACAACGUUCCCAUUACUGUUUGAAACAUUCGGAUUUUUUAUGUAGGUGGAAAUAUACUCCCAAAAGUGCCCUCUCAUUGGUUACUUCAAGGUCACAUGACAUCUAAUAAUGGCAACAUUCUCAUGACCCACGAAUGUUUAACGCUCGUUUAGAUCUACUUUAAUAAACUUGUAUGCGUGAACUUUUUCUUCGUGGGCCAUAUCCUAAUAUGUAACAAAUCACUUAAUGACCCUGUGGUUUCCUGAAACUAGUUAAUUUUUUUUCCUGAGGCGAGAGCCUCAGGGCAAAAAAAUUAACUGUUUCUCUCGGAACGCGUGCGAGAAAUUCACAAGCGAAAUAGGCUUGUCUUCGUUCUUAUUGGUGGAGAUUUUUAGCCAGUAAUAAGGCGAAUCACUUGAAAACGAGAAAGUUUUGAAAUUACCCGCUGUAUAUUAAGUCUUAGAUGUCUGAAAACAGACUUUUUGUUUCGUACAUUUUGGUCUUGAAUUGCGAAAACCAUGAAUGACUCUGCAGUACAUACAUGAUUGUUUGAAAUAUAAAGGAAAUGUUUGAAAACAUAGUUUACAAAGCAGUCAAAAAGACCUUUGGCCGAGACUCACUUCUUGUUUAACUUUGCCCACAGUGAAAUAGAAAAAGCGUACAUAGCACUGACAUUAUCCAUUAGUUACAUAUUGUCUCUUGGCUUUCUACAGAAAAAUGCCGAAAGGCGUCGACAGGAAUCCAUAGAAGAAACAAAACGAGAAUGCGAGAGACAGGCAGCGGCUGAAGCAGCGAGGGUUGCUGAGAUACACAGAAAUAAAUGUGAUGAGUUCAAUGAAAGGUAACGACCUGGUACUUUGAUGAUGCAUAAAACGUCAUUUGCGCAAAAAGCGAGCUCAUGACCGUGGGUUUGUUUACUUUCAGCUAUUUUUUUCACCACGAAUGGCUCUUUGGAAGAUUAUUUAAGUAAAAAUGAUCCCGUGUGUGAAUGAAAAUUGUAUCAUCUACAUGCUUGAAUUGCUUUCGUUUAGGUGAGGAUAAGGCCUUAAAGGGGAUACUUCUAUCAUAGGGAGCAUGAAUUUUAUUAGCGCUUGGUUAGGGACAUUAAGACAUGAAUUGCACAACGUCUUCAUUCACAAACGAAAAGAGAUUCGACAGGUUCAUUUCAAGUAUAUUUUAGAAAACCCAACGCUGGUAGUAACUUGUUAUAAAUAGAGACCGUCUUUUAAUUUAUGAUUCUCGUUUCCUUUUUUCAGAAUAAACCAUCUAACCAAACUGUUGCGAAACGAGAACACCGAAAAAGUACGAGUGGAAGAAUCAUUUCAUGUAAGUUCAUAUGCUACAUUUUUCUAUGCCCGUUCUUGACCUUUUGAAGACAAAACAGCAAUUUAUACAAAAACGGUCUACACGCUCAAAAGCUCUAAGCCCAUACACCAUUGUUAAUAAAACGUUGGCUGCGCUUUGGCGCAACUGUAUGAUUGACCUCGUAUGACACAGGCUUGGCUAUUAAAAAAAAAACGUCAAAAGCUGGUAUAAGGCGGAUGUAGGAAGCAACGAUACUCUCAAAUUUGUCACUAGCCUUGAACGAUCUUGAAGGACUGUUGGGAUGCGGAGCAAUUCAGGACAACGUCGUCGCCUGCUGCUCAAACAAAAACAACAACUUUUCUUACAGCUAUCAGCGGUUUCGACAUAGAAACGACGCAAAGGAUUCAUUUCGUGUUUCCCAAGAACCCCCUUCGCAUGCGUUUUAAACAAGAAUAUUUGACCUCGAGCUCAACUUGAAUAACAGCUAUUAGCUUUAGACUACAAGAAGUCUCUCUUUUAAUAAUAAUAUGUUUUUCAAAGACAGUACCUGUAAUAGCAAAUGGGAGGUGCAAAUGGCGCGUCGCUUCUCCUCGCGGGAAGCGAUUUGCCACGUCUUUACGUGUUGCGUUAUCUCAACUAUCUUUCAGAAAAAUAUUAAAGAUGAUAUGCUUAUUGUGUGUAUUAGCUAUUAGUUGUUUGGCCUCAUAUCUAAAGAUUUGCAAAUUUUGUCUGUAUGUAGCUUAGACGAUUAUCAACUAUCCACCUAAACAACUGGAUGAAAAAAUAUUGACAAUAUUGCUGCUCGUGGGAUGUUUUGAAUUCUCAUCAAAUCUUAAUUAUAGAGGCAGCGUGACACCUUAUUUGAUAAUUACUUAACGCAUAAACCUAGUAAAUUAACUGUUAAUUUAGACACUUGAUAGUAUUUCUGUUAAUUUUUUGUUGGUCGUAUUAGCAUGCUUGGAAAAUUUAGAAGUGUUAAUUUUCUCCACAUUCUGGAAGAAACCGUGUAUUAAAUAUUUUGGUUAGAGUGAUGAAAGCAUGUCGACUGCUUUAUUUUACGAAGAAGGCGAUAUCGCAAAAUUACACCCCUAAAAUUUGAAGUGUCAGUUCCCGGAUGUCAGACGGCGUAAGUUGAACAUGUGUUUGUCAUUCUAAGCAUUUCCCGCCAUAUGAUGAAUGUGUCCUUUCUUUUUGGCCUAUCACUGCAAACAAAAGUGACAUAAUCAGCCAAUCAGAACAAGUAACUAGCACAAGCGCGGGAAACGCGGAGUCGUAGACAAAACAAGAGAACACACAAGCUUGGCUUAGCCGGAUUAGAUUCUUUUUUGUUUCUAAAACAAAGCUUAUAUCUCUAAUAAAAGUUAAGCAUUUUGGCGAAUUAGCUUAGCAAAACCCACCCGAGAAGCUUUUCCCACGUUUUGAUAUUGUUAAUUCCAUUUUUCUCUUCCAAGGGCUUCAUUUUCUUAAUCUGGAGCUGUUUUAAGUUUGCUUAAUUUUUAUGAAGCAUUGAUUUACGGUAUGCUCAUAACUUAUGAAUUAGGUAAUCCAUUGCUAGACGCUAAAAAGAUCACCAAUGCAUGACUGCAGCUUUUGCGUAGGGAAACACAUUGAAGUAUACAAGGUCCCAUUUGUAGUUCUUUUUUGUCAAAUUACGGCCUAUCUGUUUUCAAACUAAGCAUUUCUGUUAUUUUAAUUUGUGGUAGAUAUUCUAAGUAUUGCUUAAGACCGCAAAGAAGAAAAAUGAUGAUAAUCGAUCGUUUUGCGGAAAUCUGAAAUUAUUAAAUUCAAGGAAAGCUUUCAUCAUUUGAGAAAGUGCCCGACGAACCUGUCUACAUUUCUAUCACUGUUGUCCGUAUUUUAAAAAAAGAGGAAUUCUAAUGAAGAAUUAUCUCUCCAUCUAGGAAAUGAAAGAAGACUACAAGAGAUUUCAAGAUUAUACCAAAGGAUUUAAUUCUGAUUAUCUUAUGAAAUGAGAGCGGCCAGACGAUAUCGGAACUUAGAAGGAUAAACACUAAUUUAUUUUCAUGAACAUGUCUUUUCUGCUUACAGCUAAAUUCCAUCGGUUGAGGUUGUUUUGUCGCCGUAUAUUAAAUAAGGAAAUUGUAUCUCUUGUCAGCUAAGUGGAUCGAUUUGCAAAUUUCAAAGGAACGCGACAAUUUUGUCUUACGGUGUAUAACACAAAUGAAAACCACCACAUUUCUUUUGGAUUUAGUGGUUUUCUUUCGAUUAACUCUAGUUUGGGAAGUUAUUUAUUUGAAACUGUCUUUGCUUCCCUAAAAUAAAAUUUAUAAAUGAGGAAAAAGGUACGAAUGGCCACACAAUGAAAUAGACAAAACUCAAUAAACAAUUUUUAAC